AAAGGGCGUUUUGUUGACACCUCAUCCGUACCUCAACUGUGUGGUUAUCAAGCACCCGCGAUAAUAAGCAAACGUCGGGCACAGCUGCUUUCUCGUCGUGGUCAAUGGGCACAGGAAAAAUAUGAGCGAUGAACAGCCUUCGCCGGAAACAGCUGGUGCCCAUGGCCAGCAGGCGCGCGGUGGCGCUGCGGGUGACGGCAUCCAUCAGCUCAGUCGGGGUCGUGCGCGAUCUAGCCCCCUGCCGGUUGCACAACACGGUCCACUGCCUCGUGUGCAGCCGCAUCAGCGGCAACAGCAGCAGCAGCCAGGGCCGCAGUCGGAGCUGCAGCCGGCAAUGUGGUGGCCCGGUGCCGCGUUCCGCUUGAUCCGGCCCCCCGUGCUAGUGCUACCACCCGCGGCGGCCGCCGCACAGGCUGCCGUCGGGGUCCUGCCCAACAGUGUUAGGCCUGCAGCUCCUCUGCCGGUCGCAAGCUGGAUUGCCCUAGGCAGGGCCCGACUGCUGCACGCCAACAGCCAGGCUUCCAACGCCAUGGCUACCAAGCCAGACCUGUUGCUGGACACCGGCCAUUUGCCACUGCCCUGCGCCAAGCGCAGGCCAGGGUCACCGGUGGUCAGUGACCUUGCCGACCCCUCCUCCGGAGCCAGGCCGAAGAGGCGCUUCCCUGAGCAACCACCAGCUGAGGCGAUGAUGGAUGUCACUGAUGCUGUGAUCAACGAUGACCAGGUGGACAGUGGCGUUGAUUCUGCCACCACACCAGCUGACGUGAGAGGAUAUGAUCCAGUCCUUGCUGCUGCGAAUGUGCGGCAGCGCAUACGCAAGAGCCGGUAUUGGGUGCCUACCGAUCUGGGACAGGUGCACAGCACGAGCAGCACCUCCAGCAAGGACCUCGUGUUCACAGUGCUGUCAUACAAUGUCCUGGCACAAGGCCUUUUGGAGGACAACCCCUACCUCUACCAGCACUGCCACGAGGAAGUGCUCCAGUGGUCGCUGCGCCGACAGAACCUCCUUGCUGAGCUCAGGGAGGCCAACGCUGACAUCCUCUGCCUGCAAGAACUUCAGCAAGACCACUACGAGCUGGACUUCAAGCCCGAGCUGGAAAAAAUGGGUUAUGGCUGCCUCUACAAGCAGCGCACGGGCGACAAGCGGGAUGGUUGUGGCAUCUUCUUCCGCAAGUCCAUCUUUGAGCUGGACCGCUUCGAGCCAAUCGAGUACGCCCGCUCCGAUGUGACCGUUCUCGACCGUGACAAUGUCGCGCUCAUCGCCAUGUUGAAGCCAGUUGCCGGUGCUGCCAAGUUUGGUAAGGACUUCCGGCUGUGCGUGUCAACGACCCACCUGCUGUUCAACCCACGUCGGGGAGACAUAAAGCUUGCCCAGCUGUGCCUCCUGCUUGCUGAAAUAGACCGGUUGGCAUUCUGCGGUGACUCGCCAGACGGCGUGCCACUGUACUUUCCCAUUCUGCUGUGCGGCGACAUGAACAGUGAGCCACACUCCCCACUGUACACUUUCCUCACCCGUGGAAGCCUGUGCUACGAAGGACUCCUUUCUGGUGACGUGUCUGGGCAGAGUGACGGUGCGAAUCGAGGAAGAUAUGUGCCCCUCGACGCCAGCCUCCGUCAGCUCAACAUCUCUGUUUCUUCCCGAUAUCUACCAGUGCCGGCUAAGGAACAUGCGUCUCAGCAUAGUGACACUCCUGCAGCUGAUUCAGCACAGCAGGGCGUAGAGUCGAAUGACGCUUUGAACCUCGCACAACCUGGAUCUGCAACAAGCAAUGCUGCUGCAAAGGAAUCGAUGAGUGAUUCCCUAAAGAACGACUCACCAUCAAACUCAGCCACAAAUAGUCCUGCAAAGGGCUCACACGCGGAAAGCUCUGCCGUAAAAGAUGCAGCGGCAGCAAUGAAGUCAUCUGAUGCGAAUGGCUCGACGCCAGCCAAGGAAGAAUGCAGCAGCAGCCGGCAGCGCAUUGUGAGGCACUUCCUGAACCUGAUCUCCGCCUACAAGCACAAUGUCAAGGGUGCUAACGCCGAGGUGACCACGCAUCACCAGCGUGCGAGCUGCACCGUCGACUACAUCUUCUACUCGGUGAAAAGGAAGGACACAAUGUUUAGGGAGGGCCAAGUGAAACAUGCCUGUGUGGUUGAGGGGCCUCUGCGGUUGUUGGCGACGUACCGCUUGAUGUCGCAGAACCAGCUCAUGGCCAUUGGUGGGCUGCCUAACGAAGUGCAAUCGUCGGAUCACCUUCCUCUGAUUGCCAAGUUUCUGCUUAGACCGCCCAGCUGAACUGAAGACCGCCCAUUUGAUAGCUGAAGAUCAACACGUCACUGUCAUCGCACAUUAUUCAGUGUAAAUAGUGUUGCUUCUAAUACGGACACCAUGGCGUUUCAUUUUUCAGGCACCACCAAAGCAGCGAGUAUGGUGCUGUAGUCAUCAGUAGCGUGUGCGCUGCUACCAAGAGGCAUUACUCCCGUAUUCCACCAACCACUGCAUCAUCAUAUAGGUGCGCUGUACAAGUUCAUUUUACUGUAGAUUUUAGGAGACAUUGUUCAUCACCGAUGCUUGCGAAAAAGCAAUCAUGGGAUCAUUGCUGGUUUUAACACAUAUUUCUGUACAAAUCUCACGACACUUCAAUAUAAUUAAUUGUGAAUGUCAAAAAAUAUUUGGAAUGGUAAAUUUUUAUUAGUAGUGUGAUCAGUGUACCCUUAAGCCUGAUCAAUCAUGCUUCCUCAAUUAACUUUGCCCUGUCUUUCGGAAGCCUGUGAGAGCUUUGUGCUGGAAUGAGAGCGAAAUUAUUUUUCCAUAAAUAAAUGUUCAUUGUAUGUAUUUAACCUAUCCCUCUGGCUCCGAUGUCACGGUAAGCAAUGUCAUGUUUGUGCUGUUCUUAGACUUGCAUAAAUAAUUCACAGCAGGGGCUGCUGCACAAGCUCAAGCCAUGCAAAAAAAGAAGAAAAAAUUUGGGGGUAAAAAGCGGUGUGCGAAUAUUAUAAACUUAUAAUUAUCAAUUGGAAUUGGUUGGUAUUUGAUUCUAUUUAAAAGACACUUUUACAAUUUAAAAUGUUUGAAACCCAAAAAUUUGUGGUUGUCAGUUUUUUUUUUUAGUCAGCUUCGCUGUUGUACAGCCGUGUUAUGCGGCGAUGCGUACAGAAUUCAUUGUAGUCAAUAUCUGCCACGCAGUGAAGCAUGCUAAAGGUAAGAAAUUGGGCACUGUCACGGGGCUACUGCUGGUGCUUAUGGCAAGCUGACACUGUCAGCUCAAGUACUCGCACUGUACUGCUUCUUCAUGCAUUUGCACAAAAUCAGAUGCCACAUGGAAACUUCUGCAUCUGCUACUAAUCUGGCUGAAUGCUUAAAAACGCGGCUUCCAAACUGCAAAUUUGACCAACUAGCAAGCUUGGCUCUGUAUUUAGACCCUCACUCUAAAGUAGUUGAGUACCACUAGGAUGCUUCAAUUGUGGACUGGAUUAAAAAACCUGGAAUUAGAAGAAGCUAGAAAAAUUUCAACACCAGAAAACCCAGAUAUGUCUUAAAACAAUGAAAGCUCCUGAAGAGUUUCCUUCCACGUCAGCACUGUGGAAAAGCUGGUAAGCUCAUCAUCCUGCCGGAAAUUUUCAGUCGUUUGUGGCAGCAAUAUUCAAUUCCACUAGGACAGGUUGAAAGAUAUGUGCAUGGUGAAAUUUUUGGUCAAGAAGACCCCGCAUGAGUGUUGGUGUAAGCAUGGUGCCCACUGUUGGAUUGACUUGCGAAGAGCUGCCUGUUGCUAACAGACACUAGUGUGUCCAGUGAGCAGCUCUUUUUGGUUUUUAAAGUAACUGUGCCAUGCAGGAGGGUGUCGCUGCUCCCCAAACAUGUAGAGCAGCUACACUUCAUUCAUGACAACAAUAAAUAACUGCAGUUGUGAUACUGUCAAGCAAGUGUUGUACUAGGGAAUUUUGUUGACCAGAAAGCAUAUUUCUGUUCAUUGUUUGCUGUGCAAUAAACUUGCGAAUUUCUUUUGGUA